GACCUUGGACUCAUGUGAAUCGCUUAGUAUUUCUUAAUUGACAUAUCAUAGUUUGGAUUGGCUCAGCUCUUUUGGCUCAGUCACCAUUAAAAUAAUAUGACUUAGUUGCAAUUGUCACAGAAAAGCAGUGCGUGACCUUCCGUCCUAAAAGGUGAAAUGAUCUCCCGAAAUCAUAACCCUGGAGACAAUCCUUUUCAAGAACUGUCAAAGAUGACUGAACAGGGCUCUUAAUCAUUUUUCUUAAACUCUUUUCAGUCAAUCAGAAAAUGCUGUCCUAUUUCCAUUGGAAAUUAUCGAAAGAUUUAAAACGAAAUUUUUGAUCGAAGCUUCAAUUGGGAUGGUGUGACAAUCAUGAAGAGUUGCGUUACGUUCCGAUUCAAGUGUCCCCAAAUAUGCAAAACUUCUUUUACAACAUGGCGUCGUUGUGUUUCCUGCUCUUGCUUCUUACUGUUAAGACAGCUUUUUCUGCUAAAAUCUUGGGAUACAGUGCUUUUGGUUCGGGAUCUCAUUACUAUGUCAUCAGCAGUCCCCUAAAAGAGCUGGCUUUACGAGGACACGAGGUUGCAAUGCUGGUGUCUUCUGAUACGCCAGCAAAAGCCAAUGAGAAAAUCCCACACAAGACUUUUCAAGUUCCCUACAAACCUGGUUUUGUUGAAGACUUGCUGAUAAGACCUGCACUUGAUGGGAACAAGUACUCUGUUGGUUGGAACUUCCAUAAAGUUCAACUGGUCAUGUGUGAAUGUCUACUGAACAGCAGCGCGCUCCUGCAAGAGUUGAAGAAUUUUGAUUUGCUUGUGAUAGACUCCCUUGCAUCAUGUGGUGUGUUACUCAGCGAGGUCCUUGAUAUUCCGAAUGUGAUGAUAGUGACUGGAUCGCCCAAUGAUAUAUUGACAGCAUAUCGCAAAGCUCCCUUGCCAUUGUCUUAUAUUCCGUUGCGUGGGUCAGGAUUUCCAAGUAACAUGACCUUCAUUCAGCGUGUUCGAACCUUGGUUGAUUAUUGUUUCGUCAGACUGGUAAUGGACCUUGUGUACAUUCGAACAAUGGACGAAAUUAAAGUCAGAUUCAAUAUCAAUCCCGAAAGAAGCUACAGUGAAAGUUAUUCAGACUCAGCGCUAGUGAUUUACGUGGCAGAUUUUGCGCUGGAGUUUCCGCAACCACUUCUACCAGGUCAUAUAAUGGUUGGUCCAGUAACAGUCCAGAGGCCUUCACAGCUCCCCCCUGAUUUUGAGUCCUUUGUAAAUAAUUCAGGAGGGUAUGGGUUUGUAAUGGUUUCUUUUGGAUCGUACGUGGAAGCCGUCCUUGGUAAAGAAAAGAUAACGCUGCUGGCCACCGCGUUUGGAAAGUUAAAGCAAAGAGUUCUAUGGAAGCUUAAGAAAGACUACGUCCCACCUUCUCUCAAGCCGAACAUCAAAUCAGUGAACUGGUUGCCUCAGAAUGAUCUAUUGGCGCAUAAAGAUAUCAAAGCUUUUGUCUCCCAUGUGGGACACAACAGUUUUUAUGAGUCAGCCUACUAUGGUGUCCCUGUGGUGGCGGUUCCCUUAUUUUCGGACCAGUUUGUUUACGCCAAGAAAGCAGAACGGUUUGGACUGGGAAUAGCUGUGGAUCAUAAAACUACGGAUGCUGAACAACUAUCUGAGACAAUUGAGCGUGUCGUCAAUGAGCCGAGGUGAGGUUGUGAGCAAAACAGGAACAAGGAUAGUGAUGGCUUUCUCCCUCCUUCCUUCCCUAGCUCUCUAGCCAUAGUCCAGUAUCCUCAAAAUGGUCCAUGCUCACUUAUGGCUCUCUAGUAAUGAUUGUGAUUGCGCUGUGUAACUGACGAAAAUUUGUGCUA